GACCUCUCCCCAAGGCUGCUGCCUCAGGGAAAAACAGAAUAGUCUCCACCAAUCAACAACUCUGGCCUCUCAAAAAAAAAAAAAAAGUCAGAGCCAAGUACUGCUCACAUAGGCAUCAGCUGUUGGCCCCUCUCCAUGUGUUGCUGGGCAUGUGUGCUCCUCCGGGCAUUUAAAGCACAGCUGUCAUCUGAGCCCUGAGAAGGGGAGCCCGACCUCUCCCCUCCUGCUGUCUGUCCUGGGAGUCACCACCACUCAGCCCUCAUCCCCAGCCGGAGCCUCCUCCCCAGCCCAUGGGGACGCUCGUGGCCAAGCUGCUCCUGCCCACCAUUAGCAGCCUGGCCUUCCUCCCCACCAUCAGCAUCGCAGCCAAGAGGCGCUUCCACAUGGAGGCCAUGGUCUACCUCUUCACCAUGUUCUUUGUAGCGGUCUACCACGCCUGCCAUGGGCCUGGCCUGUCGGUGCUCUGCUUCAUGCGCCACGACAUCCUGGAGUACUUCAGCGUCUAUGGCACAGCCCUGAGCAUGUGGGUGUCACUGAUGGCCCUCGCUGAUUUUGAUGAGCCCCUGAGAUCCACUUUUGUGAUGUUCGGCGUCCUGACCAUCGCCGUGCGUAUCUACCACGACCACUGGGGCUACGGGGUGUACUCAGGCCCCAUUGGCACUGCAGUGCUCAUCAUCGCAGCAAAGUGGCUGCGGCAGAUGAAGGAGAAGAAGGGUCUAUACCCUGACAAGAGUGUCUACACCCAGCAGAUAGGCCCCGGCCUCUGUUUUGGGGCACUGGCUCUGAUGUUGCGCUUCUUCUUUGAGGACUGGGAUUACACUUAUGUACACAGCUUCUACCACUGUGCCCUGGCCAUGUCCUUUGUGCUGCUGCUGCCCAAGGUCAACAAGAAGGCUGGUUCAGCAGGGGCGCCCGCCAAGCUGGACUGCCACACGCUGUGCUGUGCCUGCAUCUGACCUAGCGCCCAGCCCUCCCUGCCUGCCCCCGCUGGAGCAUCCAGAAAGAUGGACACAUGCUGCCUCCUAUCCUUCCCCACCAGGUGUCUGGGAGAGGGAGUCCUCUGAGGGGUCCCCAAUGAGCGAGAUAACCACUUUGCUGAACUUGAGACUUCCCACACACACACAUACUUGAGCUUCUCCUCAGGGGUCAAGCUGCAAUGCUGGGCAGAAACGAGCUUCUUCUUCCCCAGCCUGGGUCAAGCUGGUAGGGAUGUUUCCCUUCUUCGAUCUAAAGCCCCGGCCAAUCUACACCUUGCCUCCAGGUCCCUGUCCUCUGAGUUACCUGCUUUCUGUCCAAUGUUCCAAAUUUAGGAAGCUGCUAGGCAGGGAACCAGUUCUGCCUCUGUCUUGGUCCACCUGCCACCUGGACCCAGGUCAGACACCCAAAUCAGCUCCUCUGAAUGAUGAUUUUUGUCAGAUUUGAAGGUAAAAACCCAUUAAUAGGGCUGGGAAGACAGCCUUAUGGUUCUGCAAAAGACUUUCCUGUCAGGAGUUGGGCAGUAGUGCAGUGGGUUAAGUGCAGGUGGCACAAAGCCCAAGAACCGGCAGAAGGAUCCUGGUUCAAGCCCCUGGCUCCCUACCUACAGGAGAGUCACUUCACAGGUGGUGAAACAGGUCUGCAGGUGUCUAUCUUUCUCUCCCCCAUAUCUCUCCAUUUCUCUCUGUUCUAUCCAACAACAAUGACAUCAAUAACAACAACAAUAAUAACUACAAUAAUACAACAAGGGCAACAAAAGGGAAUAAAUAAAUAAAUAAAUAGAUAGAUAGAUAGAUAAAUAUUAAAAAAGACUUUCACGCCUGGGGCUCAGAGCUCCCAGGUUCAAGCCCCAGCACCACUGUAAACCAGAGCUGAGCAGUGCUCUGGGAAAAUAAAUAAAUACCCGCUAAGAAGCACCUCAGACAUGAGGACCUCACUGCCUCUGAGCACUGAAGGUCCACUUGAACUCUGAAUAAAACUGAGUAAAGUCUGA